AUGGCCUCACUAGUCGCGCUGGUGCUAGUCAUAACCAUGUUGUCGGGUGUAGCCCUGGGAGAUGAUUAUGCACUAGCGUGCAAAGAUGCACUAGUAAGCUUAUCGCCGUGUCUUGAUUUCAUCACGGGAAGCUCUUCCACCCCGACCUCUUCGUGCUGCUUGCAACUACAUGCUAUUGUUCAAUCACAACCUUGGUGUCUUUGUGUUGGCCUCAAAGGCAAUGGCUCUGAAAUUGGACUACCCGUCAAUAAGACCAAGGCUGAAUCCCUCCCUAGAGUCUGUCACGUUAAAACUCAACCUGUUAGCGAAUGCAAUAAACUUCCUGCAGGACUCUCCCUAUCUGCUUUUCCUUCUAAUGCUUCAAAACCAGAGGGAACAGGACCGAAAUCGGAUUCUAAGAACACAUCUAAUGGGAGCAUGACCGAAUUCCAAAUCCAUUUUACUCUAUUCCUUCUUUUCAUCACUUUGAGUGUUUCUGCUGAUAUUGCAAUUUGA